GCUUUGCUUGAGAGGGCGCUGUUUGCGAGCCCCGCUAAAUUUCAGACGGCAAAAAAGGGAAACAAAUUAGUUGGUAUUUUGUGACUUGAAUACCGAAUUUUAAACUUGAAAGAAUGGAUAAAAUUAGCCAUAACCAACAGCCCGGCCAGCUCGACUUUGAUACCGACAAACUUGGUCGUGACAUGGAGAACACAGUGGACAAAGUGGAAGUAUUGUUCCGCAAGGCAGAGUCUGAUUUGGAGUACAUGUCUAGAAAGUUGGAGGAUGAGUUCCGAGAACAACUUGGAUCAAACAAUCAGCUCAAUCCCUGUGAGAUGAUGCAAAGACUCCAGCGAGUUAAGAAAGAAUAUAAUAGUCUGGUGCAGGAUGCAGAGGGCAUUAAAGCAAUGCAAUCUGAGAUGGCAACGUACUUCAAGACACAAUUACAGACGGCCUGCACAGCCAUCAAAGCUCUUCAAGAAAAUGCACCACAAGCUCAGAUUUCAGACAGCAGUGAGCAGGAAGCGGCGGUUGAGGCAGUUCUUGGGUUAAGGAGGAGUGAGCAGGGAGACCACGAUGACACAAGUGGGAAACAAGAGACACAUCACAGCUCAGAACAGAAAUCUUCUGGAAGAGAACAAAGUACCUCUCACUGCGCCGUCCAAGAACCAACCCACAUAACCCAAGCUGAACAGAGAGCUAGAAAUUCUGGUUUUACAGAAAUUUCAGAGGAUGAAUUUGAGUCAGUAUCUCCACUCGUGAAAGGAAGAGUUAAACUAACGGAUGUAAAUACAGUUUACAGAAGUCUGUUUGAGCAUUUCAAAACCCAGAGAAACAAAGAACCUCUUACAAUCCAAGAAAUGACCAAGAAGGGUUUGAGAAUCACUGGGGCAACAGGAGAAGCAAAACUAAAGGUGAUGAGAGCACUCAAGAUUGUACACAUAGCAAAGAGCGGAGCCGUUAAGUUACUCUGAGCCGUAGAGCGAGCUGCAAAUGUCUGCGAUUCUUAAAGAACGAAGUCCGAAGGGGAACAUCAAUUGUCAUAUUCAAUGCAACGGGCAUCAAUUGAAGCCCCCGCGAGGUGAAUUAAAAGGCUCAGCAGGGCAGCGUUAAAAGGUUUUGUAGAAUUUGGUCUGUCGGGAACAUUGAAUGUUGUCCAGCGAAAUGUUCUGGAGCAUGCAGGUUUUCCCUCUUUUGUUAACGGAGUUGAGACGGAUAUUUUAUUCACAU